AUGUCCAAGAGGCCAGCAGACGGAGAGAGCGGCAACGGUGGCCAGCCGCCACAGAAGAAGGUGCAGUUCGAGCCGGUCAGGAUCGGACCCAUCUCCACCCUCGAGGAGAUGGACAUCAAAGUCCUACAAUUUCAAAAUAAAAAACUAGCACAGAGGUUAGAACAAAGGCAUCGAGUUGAAGCAGAACUCAGGCAGAGGAUUGAGCAGUUGGAAAAACGCCAGACUCAGGAUGAUGCAGUGCUCAAUGUUGUAAACCGGUACUGGAACCAGUUGAAUGAGGACAUCAGAGUCUUACUCCAGAGAUUUGAUGCUGAAACGGCUGAUGAAUCAGAAAAUAAAAACGAAAGCGAAGCAACGACUUCGUUUCUUUUACAACUGUCGACUUGGGAUAAGGAAGAGCUUGACGACAAACUCGCCAACCGAGUGCAAGUCUCAAAAAGGGCUGUAGCGAAAGUAAUCCAAGCGUUUGAUAGGCUUAUGCAGAGAAAUGAAAAAAUCACGCUGGCUCUCAAAGGGGAACUCGAAAGUGGAGAUGAGGCCCCAGUUAUGGAUGAAGUUAUCCGCCAGGCGAAUAUCGAGAUCCAAGCAGAGAAUCGUAAUUUGCAAGCGCUUAACACGUCUCUCCAUAAAAAAUAUCAUACCAUUUCCCUUAAAAUGGCAGAGUUGCAAGAUACUGUGGCAGGACGGGAAACGGAAGCUGCUGAACUUAGAAACCAGAUAGAUGACCAGCAAUAUGAAUUGAACAAAAUCCAAGCUCGAAAUGACAAAUUAGAGCAUCACCUUGCAGAGGCGAUUGAAAAACUAAAGAACUACCAGCAAAUACAAGGUGAAGAAAAAGGAAUAACAAAGCCUUCUCCUGUUUCUAACGUUUCUCAGAGAAAGGUGGAGGAACUUCAAAAGGAAUUAGAGGAAACUAGGGAAUUGGCGAAUAACCGUUUGACCGAGUUAGACCGACUUCAUCAACAGCAUAGGGAAACCUUAAAAGAAGUGGAAAAACUAAAGAUGGAUAUCCGCCAAUUGCCAGAAAGUGUUAUUGUGGAAACGACCGAAUACAAGUGUCUCCAAUCUCAAUUUUCAGUUUUGUACAAUGAAUCGAUGCAGCUUAAAACCCAGCUGGAUGAAGUUAGACACCAACUUGCGACUUCUAAAAACGCCCAUCUGAGACAAAUUGAGAUGAUGGAAAGUGAGGAGUUGAUGGGUCAGAAAAAACUGAGGACGGAGGUAAUUCAACUCGAAGACCACCUGGCCCAGGUCAGAAAGGAGUACGAGAUGCUCAGGAUUGAAUUCGAGCAGAACUACGCCGCCAAUGAACAGACCGGCCCGAUCAACAGGGAGAUGAGGCAUUUGAUAACAUCCCUGCAAAACCAUAAUCAACAGCUCAAAGGGGAGGUGCAUCGGUACAAAAGAAAAUACAAAGACUCAAAUGCAGAAAUACCUAAAUUCAAGAAAGAAAUUGAGGAUCUUCAAAAUAAGCUAAACAGUAAUCCUGGUGUGAUUCAAGAAGGAAAAGAAGGAAUCGUCGAGUGUAAAGAAGAAGAAGGAAGUCAUAAUGGCGAAGGAUUGAAGAUCAAGGAAGAACCCACCACCAUAAAAAAAGAAGUCUCCGAAGAUGAAGUCGAUGCCACUAAUUGCCAUACCCCCCAGGUGGAUGAGAAUAGCGACAAGGAUAAAUCAGGAAGCUCGCCAAUUGUAAAGAAAGAGGGUACUGUUGCUGCACCGGGUGGUGCUGUCAUUAAAAAAGAAGUAAAGAAGGAAACUGGUGUACAUAGAGAACCUGCACAUCGCGCCAAGGAAGUCAAACCUGCAGAAUCUGAACUUGUUCGUGAUCUCAAAGCGCAACUAAAGAAGACUGUGAAUGAACAAAAAGAGAUGAAACUUCUCUUGGAUAUGUACAAAGGAGUAAGCAAGGAGCAGAGGGACAAGGUGCAACUCAUGGCCGCAGAGAAGAAGCUACGCGCCGAGGUUGAAGACUUGCGACAACAGUUGAAAAAGGAAAGUAAGAGAGAAGAACGUAAAAAGAUGGCAGAUGAAGAUGCACUCAGAAAAAUCAAGCAUCUCGAGGAACAGGCCUACCAACUCCAGAAGCAGGUCUCGACUCACAAGCAGGGGCUGUGUUGGCAGGAGGAGGAGGCGCUCUUAAACGAGAUGGAGGUGACCGGCCAGGCAUUCGAGGAUAUGCAAGAGCAGAACUCAAGGCUGAUUCAACAACUUCGAGAGAAGGAUGAUGCCAACUUUAAACUGAUGUCGGAGAGAAUAAAAUCUAACCAGUUGCAUAAGCUGUCUCGUGAGGAAAAGGAAGCUCUCAAAGAACAAGUAACGACGUUAUCAACACAAGUAGAUGCAACUAACCUCGUGGUGAGAAAACUCGAAGAAAAAGAGAGGAUAUUGCAGAAUUCUCUUGCAACAGUUGAAAAAGAACUUGCUGUUCGGCAACAAGCGAUGGAAAUGCAUAAACGAAAAGCGAUCGAAAGUGCACAGUCAGCUGCCGAUUUAAAACUCCAUCUUGAAAAAUACCAUGCGCAAAUGAAAGAGGCACAACAAGUUGUAGCGGAGAAAACGAGUUCAUUAGAAGCAGAGGCGUAUAAAACCAAAAGACUCCAGGAGGAAAUAGCGCAAUUGAGGAGGAAGACUGAGAGGAUGAAGAAGAUCGAACUGGCCGGAACGCUGGAUGAAGUCAUGAUGGAGGAGAUCAGGGAGUACAAGGAAACACUCACAUGUCCUUCUUGCAAAGUCAAAAGAAAGGAUGCUGUCUUAUCGAAAUGUUUCCACGUCUUUUGCUACGACUGUCUAAAAACUAGGUAUGAGACGAGGCAGAGGAAAUGUCCCAAAUGUAAUGCCGCCUUUGGGGCAAAUGACUACCACAGGCUUUACCUUGGCUCUUAGUAAAGUACUUGUGAAAAAUGUUUUAUUCCAACAAAAUAUUGUUAUUUUAUUUUGUUUAUGUAGUAUAAUGGUUUCUUUUGUUAUAAGUUUUAAUUUAAUAGUAAUACAUUGUAUAAUAGCUUCUGCAAUGUCCGUUUUUGUAUUAGAAUUGUCAUGUUCUUCAGAAAGGUCAUUGUGAAAAUUAUUAUAUAAAUUUUUUUUUCUCCAAUCCAAGAGUCCUAUUCCAAUUUUAA